AUGGCCAAAGUGCUCUGCUACAACAAGGGCUGCGGGAAGGACUUUGAUCCGUCGUCUUCAUCCGACGAAGCCACCUGCUUGUUCCACGACGGAACACCCGUCUUCCACGAAGGGCUCAAGUACUGGUCGUGCUGCCCGAACAAGCGCCACUCGGACUUUGGCGAGUUUCUCAACGCUCCAGGAUGCACCCGCGGCAAGCACACGAACGUCAAGCCGGCAGCGCCUGCAGGACAGCCCGCCGCCGCCGCCGCACAGACCACUCCGAAGGCGCAGAUCGUUGUGCCCACGCCGACACCCCCGCCAGUGAGUGCUCCAGAGCCAUGGGUCAAGAGCACGCAGCCGCUCGAGCGCUUGAAGCUCGUGGUGACGGACGCCGUUCGCGCUGCAGGCGCACCUGCUGCUGCUGCUGCGCCCAGUGCCAAUGUCGCCGCCGCUGGUGCAAACGGCGAGAGCGCAGCAGUGCAAGGAUCUGCCGAGUCGAAGGUGGCGGUUGGCACGAUCUGCGUCAACAACGCGUGUGGCAAAUCGUACACGGGUGUCGAGUCGCUCACCGAGCCCUGUCUUCACCAUACUGGCUCGCCCGUCUUCCAUGAAGGAUACGACUGGUUUGCGAUGGGUGGAUCUAUCAGUCUCAACGUGUACGCCAAGAAGGUCGAUUGCGACGUUUCAUACGCUGAGGCGAACGCGACAACGCUCAAAGUUCACAUCAUCUUUGACUCGGUCAACGAAUUUGACUUGGAAAUUGAUCUGGCAGGAUCCUCAAAGUUCCGAUUCAUGUCUUCCGGUAGUGGAUUGUAUAUUCCAGCCGACACGCUUGCCGGUCUCGAGAAGCUAGCGGCCGUUGCUGAUGCGUUGACUGCCAAUGUCAUUCAGCUGAACGAAGAGAUGGAACGAAUUCUUGAUGGCAAGGCGGACGCGGACACGCUUGUGACGAUUCUUAACCAACACGCUGCUUUGUACAAGCCACCGGAGCAGGCGCAAUGAGGCUGCUGGCUCGCAGAACUUCGUUCGGACGUUGAGCCCAAGCUAUUCCAUACCAUCGCAAGACACAGUGUUGCGGUACUAUUUAUUCAUAUUGGUUACAUCAAGGACACGCCAACUGAUGGAAAAACGCACCGAUUGCGCAAGCUGCUGGUGCCAAAAAAAAAAGGCACCGACCUGCUUCCAGCGUGCGCUUUACCCACACGCAGACCUCCGUACUCCGGCUCUCAAACCUGUUGCUGUGGUGAAUGCGCGCAAACUUUGCAUUGCUCUUGUGUUGGUGCACGGUCCCGAAAUUGCACAAAGAAACGCGAAUCCUCCAUCU